AUCGGAGCGAAAGUGGCUUUUGCAGCACUCCCCGUCGAGCAGUGUUUCGGGAGCCAGAAAACUUUCUCUUUUCCUCUCAGGAACAUCAAUGUGAUUAUUCCACCGAUUCUUCUCUACGGAGGCCACGCGCCAAAAGAGCUCAUUCCACCGUUGCCCGAAGUUGAAUGCAAAAUGGCGUCCGAUUAAAUAAUGAAGUCCUGUUUCUGUUUACCCAGUGACAACCAGCAUAAUGGACGAGUUGGACUUCAAAUGAUGUCUGGUAAACGGAGUGAUCAAGAUUGAGAAAAUACUUGGCUAAAGGAUGCGAAUUUGUCUCGAGGAGCUAUUCCAUGCGGUUCGGGAGGCACACGUUCUAUUGCGGAAGAGAGAGGAAAAAACUGAUAUGAUUCUUAAAAUAGCAGACGAUGUCAGUCAGAGAAUGAUUAGUAAAGAGAAUCAACAUUGGCGGGAAAUAUAAAUAACGAGAAAAAGAGAUAUAAAUAAGAAAAAUAAUGCUUAACAGAUAUUGUUCAAAAGCGAUGAUUUAUCCCCUAAUGCAGAAUUAAAGAAGUUCAUGGACUGCUAAUAGUAUUUAAUAAGUUUGGUACAAUUCGUAUUUUAUGAAAUCAUUGACUGCUCUAUUCUUUGAAAGAAAUUAGUGAUGGAUGCUUUUCUUGGAUUCAUGUAGUUCAAUAUCUUUCUAGGACCAUACAGCAAAACAAUACUCUUAUUAUUAUUUUUUUUAAUCUGUUACCAAUGGAAUAUUUAAAACAACUUUGUUCAGCAACUCUUCAGUUACUUUUAUAGAAGAUUUUUCAGAAAGUUUAAUAAAUAGAAUAAAUUUAUAAACUAAAAUUCGAAAAGCUAAUAUUUGAAAUCACCUCGAAAAGAACUCAUGACCAAAAGAAAAUAUUUUCUACCGAGUAAUAUUCUUUUCGAAUUGCUGAGUAUUGAGAAAUACCCUUGGUUUCUAUUGUCAAAAAGUUUUUCAGGGUAAAAAUUCUUCAGAUUUAAAAAAAAAAAAAAAAGCAUAUUUUGUUCUUCAGAACGGAAAAAUUGAAUAACACAAAAAUUUAAUACUCGAUUGUGGCAACAGGUGUCUGAAGCUAUAAAAGUUUGAGCUCGGCAAUUUUAUAAACAUAUGUACGAAUAUUGUUGCAUCUAUCUUUUUGGGAACUGGCAACAUGAUACGCAAUAUUACUUAUUAAAAAAGUGUAUUCGAAGAACCGUGAAUACUUACUAAAAAAUUAGAGCAUAGCCAUCAGUUUGGUCGACGCAGAAAUCUUUUAACAGAAGUAUAUCAGCGCAUUCAUCUACUCUCCCCCUGCUUCCCCCUUCUUUCGGAAGAAUAGAUAUCUCUAAAAAACUUCAGCAGAAUAUUCGCGAGUGACGUCACCGCAAGUUGAAAGAUGACGUGUGCAACUCCUCGCCCAAUCGGAGGCCGGCCAGCAAUUUCAUUAUGUUAAUAAGCGCGGUCGCAAAUUGAUAAUCAUAGCAGCGUCAUUUAGCGCAUGCGUAUAGUCAUCUUACUGUCAGGGGGGUGUCAGUUCACUGGAUCGGACAUCAGCUAGCUUAUAGUAAGCAGCCGAUAUGGCUAGGCGCAAGCAGCCGCGGCCCAAACACUUGGAAAAUUCCGAAGAAAUAGCAACAUCUCUUCAAAACGGUAUCUGUUCUGCAAGUGACACAGAAGACGAUGAACAUGUUUGUGGAAAGUGUCGAGCUGAAUUUCCCUCCUUGUCUGAAUUUUUGCAGCAUAAAAAGAGCUGUGUCAGCAAAAGACCAGUGCUGGUUGCACCGCUGGACUCUUCUAUGGACACAGAAGAAGAUGAUGAUCCUGACGAUUUGGACGAUAGGUUAUCUCCACCUCAGCUUAAUAAUGAACGGAAUGACAAUGACAGAUCUUUACCACCUAAGGAUUGGUUCUACGGUUAUAGCACCGGGGACAUUCGAUCCCUUCUGCUGUGUUCACAAAGGCCGGACUCCAAUGUCACACUCGAACAGUUGAAGAAUACAACAGUAGCAGUUGCACAGCACAGUCAAUUUGAUGAAGUUCAUCUCCGUGCGUUUUUCUCAAAGUUCCAGCAGCAGCAGGUUGAAUCUCUACAGUUGAUCAAGACUUUAGAGAAAAUGCUCCUAAACUCACAACCUUUGGCUCCACCACCUCUGAUAGGUACGGCGGCAUUGACGCCUCCACAGAAUGCAGAUCUUCCGCCUUCAGUGGGUUCUGUUUCAACACCCAUCACGUCUAUAAUGGCAGCCUAUCCACAAGGAACAACUCAGGAAAGCCCAGGGCCACCAAUACCUCCUCCCGAAACGAACAAUUUGGCACUGUUAGAGAAGCAAACAGAGAGGUACAUCCAGGACGUAAUGACAAAACGGUCAUUUUUAAUCAAUGGAAUCGAUGACGAUAACAGGUCCAAGAACAAGAAAUUCGAAAUGGAUCCAGCCAUGAGACACAGGUGCAACUUCUGCGGAAAGCUUCUUGGCAGUGACAGCGCUCUCCAAAUUCACCUUAGGUCGCACACUGGUGAAAAGCCCUUCAGAUGCAACGUAUGUGGAAGCGCUUUCUCAACAAGGGGCAACCUCAAGGUGCACUGCCAAAGGCAUAAGGAGAGAAUGGAACUGGUCGGAAGUGUAGAAGAACCCAAACUGUCCACUGAAAGCAACGCUACUGGGGCAGAUGGAAAACAAAGUCCAUCAAUGCUUUUCGCCCAUGAUGGUACAAACAGAGUUGAUACAUCAAAAGGAGAACAAGCUUUGGAUUUUUCAACUUCUAUCAAUGGCCGAAGAUCUCCUCAAGGCGAUGCUAAUAGUAGGAGCAUCUCGCCAAAUGAUAUGUCCAACUUCAGUGACAAUUCAGCGGAUAAUUCAUCUGACGAGAACACAGCCAAUGAUAACUAUGGAGAUUUAAAAAUCGAUGUAGAACGAUUUGAUGAUGAUGAUAGAGAUAAUUCUAAUGGUUUAGACGAUGAAGGUUCAGAAGCUGCAUCAACACGACCUUCGUUUGGUCCUUCUCCCACCUUUUCUACUUAUUUCCUUCCUUCCUCUUAUGAUAACUUUACAGCAUCUGCAUCGCAAACAACAGGAAAUAAUAAUAAUAAUCCUUCGAAUACUGAUGGCUCAGAUACUAUACUUCAAGAUCCUACAUAUUACCAAGACCUAUUGCCAAGGAUUGGGUCCAAUGACAAUUCAUGGGAAAGUCUGAUAGAAGUGACGAAGACUUCUGAGACAUCUAAACUUCAGCAACUCGUAGACAAUAUUGAACAUAAACUUAUAGAACCUAACCAGUGCAUUAUUUGCCAUCGUGUAUUGAGUUGUAAAAGCGCUCUACAAAUGCAUUAUAGGACUCACACUGGUGAAAGACCAUUUAAAUGCAAGCUCUGUAGUAGAGCGUUCACUACAAAAGGUAAUCUAAAAACGCACAUGGGAGUUCAUCGCACAAAACCAGCAGCAAGGCUCAUGCACCAAUGUCCAGUUUGUCACAAACAGUUUCCUAAUUCUGUAAUACUUCAGCAACACAUUCGAAUUCAUACAGGCGAUCCAUCAGUGCAAAUGCCACCGUUAUAUCAUUCAUGUGAAGACAGACCUCCUACAUUGUUGCCUCCGUCAUAUCCGAGACAAUACCUCAUGCCUCCCCAGCUGAUGAAUAAUGAACCUUUAGCAUUGACCAGUUCUAAAACGCAAGAACAACAGCGAACUUUGCCAACUAGCGAAUCGGUCAUCAAGACAACAGGAAUGGACACUAAUCUUCCGCAAACGUCAUGUGCAUCUCCUGAACUCAGUGCAACGAGUAGUUGUUCUCCAUCAUCAAAUGUAGAUGACAAUUCUACACUUAAAGAACCAAAGCCUCCUGUUUUAGAUUUAGUGCAACCACAUCAUGAUAUGUCUCCAAAAGAAAAAAUUCUCCAAUCACCUAUGGAUAAUUCCAAAGCCAAUGAGAUGAAUAUCACUCAGGGUAAGGAGACUAUCUCUGGCAACAGUACACCAGCAGAUAUGCAGCCCGACUUUGAGGCUAAUUUACAGCAAGAAUCGUGUACUCCAAAUCAUAAUCAGUCACCUGUUAGUGCCGUUGCAAACCAAGAAGUGGAAGACAAAAGUCCGACGAACAUGUCCAAUAAGUCUUCACCAAAGUUUUCUAGUCCUCCGGAGAAUACACUAAUAGUCAGUUUGGCUAGUGAUAGACCUUUACCUAUGACCUUACCGAGUGACUGCCCUAUACCUUUUACAGUUCACGGAAGCGAUCGCCCAUACCCACCUAUGAGUAUAUCCGGCUGUGCUCCUGAAUAUACCGCAUCCCUGGCUGCUUUAGAGAAUCACGUCAAAGGUAUAAAUAGCAAUGUUACUCAUCCCUUGCCAUUCCCUCCACAUUUUGGAUUGGGUUUGAAUAUGGCUAAUUAUUUCCGCGACUACAAUUAUCCGCAAAAAUCAACAGCUUCUUCUCCACCAGCAAGCAAGAAUGGAUCUGAUAUAUCAACUGAUGACAGGUCGACUCCUGGAGGUGCAACAAGUGGUAACAAAAGUGAUUCACCUAGAUCGAAUGCAAACAAUAGUCAGUCUACUCCGAAAUCUGAAAGCUCUAAUGGAGGAGGAGCUCUGGACCUUACACCCAGAAGUUCUCCUGCAUUUCAACGACCAGGAGCAACAGACGUAAAAAUUUUCGCCCCUUUAGUAGGCCUUCCUUUCGGUGCACCUCACCACCGUAUGAGUACUACUUGUCGUGUGUGUUACAAGACGUUUGCGUGUAAUAGUGCUCUUGAGAUUCACUACCGCAGCCACACCAAGGAGCGUCCAUUUAGGUGCGAAGUAUGUGACAGGGGUUUUUCUACAAAGGGUAAUAUGAGGCAACACAUGUUGACUCACAAAAUCCGCGAUCUCCCCGCACAAGUAUUUUCCGCCAACACCAACAACAACAGCUCGUCAUCAAAUACGAGCACGACUCUUAAGUUGGAAUCUAGCGGGGAGAAGUCUCCUAAGAAACCACCAGAAGAAGCAGCAAAACGUCCACCUACUGAAAACAGCUUACCCCUUCCUCAACCUAAGAGAUCUCCUGGGCAACCAAAGCAUCUCUGUCAAGUGUGCAAUAAACCGUUUUCUAGUGGAAGUGCGCUUCAAAUACAUAUGCGCACGCACACAGGUGAUAAACCGUUCCAGUGUCAUAUUUGCCAUAGGGCCUUUACUACAAAAGGUAAUUUGAAGGUCCAUAUGGGAACUCACAUGUGGAACAACAGUACUUCCCGUCGAGGCCGACGCAUGUCUUUGGACCUUGGACCUCUCCAGCUUCCUCCUAGUGGUAAGCCAGGAGAUUUUCCACAAACUUCGUAUUUUCCCUACCUCCCACCAUUCAUGAAUGGACUUCCUCCACCUCAACCACCCCCACCGCCACCACCGCCAAAAAUGAAUGAAAUUUCAGUCAUUCAGACAGCAGGCAUGACCAACGGAGGAGCACCUCCUGUCACUACCAGCUCUGCUGGAAAUUCUCAACAACCUCUGGCCCUGCUUUCCUCAGCAAGUAAGCAGCGAGACAGAGAGGAGUCAAAUAUUCAUCAGAAUCAAAAUCAGCAUUCUCAGGGAAAAGACUCUCACCCACUUUUACAACCAACUCCCGAGAUGGCAGUCUCGUGGCCUUGGAAGAUCUCGUGCAAUAUAUGUAACAAGAUCUGUUCCUCAUCCACGGAACUUGAGAUACACAUAAGAAACAAUCAUUGCAAAAAAGAAUCAUCCGAUUCAGAUAGAACGGAUUAAAUAUGAAAACCUUUUACAGGCUUUUCUUUUUGUAGCAGUCAUCUGUGUAUUAAGUUCCUAAAUACGCUAGUCGUUGUCAACUCAAACUCGUUGCUCAUUUUCUAUUUAAAGACGAGUCAUAGAGAAUCUUUUAACUGUGAUCCAUCAGUACUGUUUCUUUGUGCUUUGAAGGGAGCAUUGGGUCCUCGUACAAUAUUUAUACAUCUCAUGUCUUAUGUAUUAUACUAUGGAGGGUAAUGUGUUGUCCUCGUUGUACAAAUAUAUCUGUUUAUCAGCACAAAAGGACAUGUGUGCUUUUACUUUGAACUAAGAAUUUCGAUAUUCUGAACUAUUUUCCUUAUUUACGCAAGACGUUCCAAAGUGAGAAAUAUUAGAAAAAGAGAAUGGGCAUGUUCAAUCAGUCUGCUUUCUAUUAAAAUCAAAUAACUAAAUAUGCGUUUUAAAUGUACAUUAUUAGUGAUAAACAGAUUUGGUAACUAGGUGAUUUCCAUCGUUACCUGUAGUUUGAAUAAUCUCGAAGACGAGAACAACAUCGUGUUUCAGUAUUCAGAAUAGAAAUAUAAUUGUGACAAACUGUUUCUGUGUUAGGAGGAAUUUGUUUCCUGUUUUCCCUUCACUUUCAGUUAUUCUGUGAUAAUCGCGUCAUGCCAUUUGAUGUAAGCAUUAUAUAACUUAAUAUGUGUAGUUUUCAUUUGUGUGUAAAUUGAGUGUUUGGAUAUAUUGCUUGGAAAUACAAGCUGGCAACUUGUUAAUGUUUAACUUAUGUUUCCUCACCAUAUGAGUUCAAAUUUUUUUAAAUUUCAUUUAUAGAACUCAAAUUAUCUGAGUUGUAUAUAUGCAUGAUUAAUAUUGUGUGUUAUGAAGGAAAUUACGAUUAUUAUUUUCAAAUAUAAAAAAAGAAGAAAAUUGCUUAAAUAUAAGCUUCCGCUGCCAGCUUUGAUACUGCAAUACCGGCAUUACUCACUAAAAAUUUUAUAAAGUUAUAGAAUGGUUCUGUUUUAGUGCAAUCUAUCUACAGUAUGGUAAAAAAGUUUUAAGUGUAAUUUAUGGAACCAGAACUUACAUUUUGUAAUAUGGAAAGGUGCCAAAUAUAUUUCAGUUUAGCAAAGCAAUUAAUAAUUUUGAUUUUUUUAAUUUUCCUGUUUUUAUUGUAGUAGUUUUCGAAUUUGUAGUAUUUAUUUAAAAAGUGAUUAAUAUUUUUUACAAAUUAGUGAGUAUGUUUGUCCAAAAAUCAAAUUUGAAUUAUAAUAAUGCACGCAAAUUUUUAACUUAAAUCUGACCUUGCGUCAGGCCAUUUUUGCCCCCAAUAUAUUUUAUUUUUCAACUGAAUAUAAUUUCAGAUUAUAAUUUUUGAAGUCUAUAAAUGAAAUAAGUAUCUCUUUUUUUUUUUUUAAUUUUCAAUUUGAAAAUCAUUUUAGAUAAAAUUUAUUUUUCAAUUAAUAUUAAAAUCACCUGAAUUGCAAGUGCAGAAUUCACAACUAUUGCAUUUAGGUACAGGCAAAAUGUUCUAAUUCUUCUUUAUUUUGUUGUUUACCAAUUGAUUCAGUGGAUAUAACAACUGAUUUUAAUUAUUGUUUUUGUGUAAUUUUUUUGAGGCUAUUUUAUUUCAAACAUUUUAUAGCAUCAUCAAAGUUUCAAUCAUGUCAAAAAUUUUAGCUCCAUUCCUUUGCUAUUCAGUUAAGAAAUGUGAUUACUAUAAUAAAUAGUUGAAAUAAAUUAAUGAUUAUUUUUCACUUAUAAUUAAAAGUGAAACUUUUAUUAAGAUA